AUGGGCAGUUUCCUUUACCCACCACCACACCAGCAAGUUCCUCUUACUCAGGUGCUCACUUCUACAAUUAGCUUAUCUCACUCGUUGACACUUAUUUCACCCCAACCACAGCCUAUGUUAUUGCCACCCUUGCCUACCACAAUCAACAUCGGAAGCUACUUUUCUUAUCUCAUGAAGUGUGAUACGUAUCGCGCCUGGAAGUCCCAGUUUCUUGAUGUCCUUGCUAUCCACGACAUACAACAUGUCAUUGUUGGUGAUGCCUGUCCCCCUACACCCUUCCUCUCCAAUGACACUACAAACCCAGCUCAUUCCCAUUGGUUACGAACCGAAAGAUUGGUUCUAACAUGGAUCAAGUCUACCGUUUCACCUUCUAUUGUCCAGAAUCUUUUACUACCAUGUACCACUGCUGUCGAAGCUUGGAUCAUACUUGACCAUCACUUGAAUCCUCUGUCUGGUGUUCAUCUUCGUUCUACUCAUGAUCGACUGCGCAAUCUCCGAAAGGCCACUACCCAAUCAAUGACUUAUUAUCUUAUUGAUGCUAAAUCUGUGUUUGAUUCCCUUUCUGCAGUAGGUUUUCCAAUUCCAGAAUCUGACUUUGUGGAAUAUAUUGUUGAUGGCCUCAGUCCAGAAUAUCAAGGGUUCAUUACCACUCUCUAUCUUCGGCCUUCUACUACCUUUGAUGAAUUGUUUGAUCUUCUAGUUCAAGAAGAGCGGCUUCAAUAG